GUUGGUAGGACUGAUUUGUUGACAGUAAACAAAUUUGAAAGACAAACUGUCAGGCUGCGGAUGCCGUGGUUCUAUGUGGGAUUUUUAGUUCGUGCUUUAUUAGGAAAUAAUGAAUCAACGCAAAGUAUGUUCGUAUAAAGGGUGUAGUUCCAAGCAAGGUCCUGGCAUAACUUCGAAUGUAACCCUAUUCCAAUUUCCCCGAGAUGAAGCACGUCACAAACUUUGGAUAGAAUUGUCUCGAUGUGAGAAUAAGGAUGAUCCCGUGAAAUAUCUUUGCUCGAAGCAUUUCGACGAACGAAAGUAUAUAUCGAGAAAUCCAAGGAGAUUGCUACUCCUCGCACAUGCUGUUCCUUAUGCAUAUGAGUCGGAUACCGAAGAGGAGAUCAAUGAAACCGAGGUUGAGGUAGAAGAUGAGCAAAUUCAAGUGGUAACAUCACAAUACGCAGAGGCAGACUAUCUCAUGCCUGGCAUGGAUUUCGGGGAGACUGAAUGCAACUACGCAGAAUCUACCAUAAAUGAAGUGGAAUACGUACAAGACGAACCUCCGCCGCCGACAAAAUCCUAUGAAAAUUCCAGUAAAAAAAGAAAGUGGGACACGGACCCUGAAACUAGUAUGAUUUUGAAUGUUACAACGAACGAGGCAGCUUCAAAAGUUGAUAACAGCCUGAAAAGGGUAAAAGGGCCUAAAGCUUCAGCAGAGGAAGAAACUAUCGCCAAAAAUUCGGACGAAUUGGAAGAUUUAACGCUUGAUAAUCCAGACAUUACCACUUUCAUCUUUAAAGGAGAGGAAUACAUUCAGAUGCCGAAGAGUGUUUUCUUAGAGCAGAGAAAUAAGCUUCUGAAUAAUAUCCAGGAUUAUAAGGAUCUCUUGAUGAGUAUUAAAUCCCAAAUUGACUUGGCUAAGAUGUAAUUGUAGAAUGAUCUGGAAUUUUAUAUAAAUUUUAAUUUGCUGACUUUGUAUAUAAUAAGAAUAAUUAUAUUGUGAAGAAAAAUGUAA